UUCAUCAUCUGUCACUCCCAGCAAAAAUCGCAGUCCGCGCGAGACGACGAUCGCGAGAAAAGACCUUGUUUUAACCACCGGAAAUGGCCUCGUUGCUAAAACUGUCCGGCAGCCUGCGGGUGUACGGCCGCGGCUCCCAGCAGCUGUUCCAGCGUCUCAAGUCGUCGAAUGCGGCUGACUUCCGGGCUGCGCUGGUCAAUGUUCCGCCGACGGAGGUGACCCAGCUGGACAGUGGACUGCGUGUGGCCAGUGAGGAUUCCGGCUCGCAGACGGCGACCGUUGGGCUGUGGAUCGAUGCCGGAUCGCGGUACGAGGAUGCCCGUAAUAACGGCGUCGCGCACUUCCUGGAGCACAUGGCCUUCAAGGGUACGGCCAAGCGUUCCCAGACCGACCUGGAGCUAGAGGUGGAGAAUAUGGGCGCGCACCUGAACGCGUACACGUCUCGCGAGCAGACCGUCUUCUACGCCAAGUGUCUGUCCAAGGACGUCCCGAAGGCGGUGGAGGUUCUGUCCGACAUCAUCCAGAACUCGAAGCUGGGUGAGGCGGAAAUCGAGCGCGAGCGGGGUGUGAUUCUGCGCGAGAUGCAGGAGGUCGAGAGCAACCUGCAGGAAGUGGUCUUUGACCAUCUGCACGCGACCGCCUACCAGGGAACUCCCCUCGGAAACACCAUCCUUGGGCCGACCAAGAACAUCCAGUCGAUUGGCAAGGCCGACCUGCAGGCCUACAUCGAUUCGCACUACAAGGCACCGCGCAUCGUCCUGGCCGCGGCCGGUGGCGUCAAGCACGGAGAUCUGGUCAAGCUGGCCGAGUCCAGCCUCGGAAAGGUUGGCAGCACCUUCGACGGAAAGGCCCCCGCCCUGACGCCGUGCCGAUUCACCGGUUCGGAAGUGCGCGUCCGCGAUGAUUCGCUCCCGUUGGCGCACGUCGCCAUUGCCGUCGAGGGUUGCGGCUGGACCGACCAGGACAACGUUCCGCUGAUGGUGGCCAACACGCUGAUCGGCGCGUGGGAUCGCUCGCAGGGUGGUGGCGCCAACAAUGCGUCCAAGCUGGCCGCGGCCGCCGCCGAGGACAACCUGUGCCACAGCUUCCAGUCGUUCAACACGUGCUACAAGGAUACCGGCCUGUGGGGCAUCUACUUCGUGUGCGAUCCGCUCAAGUGCGAGGACAUGGUGUUCAACCUGCAGAACGAGUGGAUGCGCCUGUGCACGAUGGUCACCGACAGCGAGGUCGACCGCGCCAAGAACCUGCUGAAGACGAACAUGCUGCUGCAGCUGGACGGCACGACGCCGAUCUGCGAGGACAUCGGUCGCCAGAUGCUGUGCUACAACCGUCGGAUUCCGCUGCACGAGCUGGAGAAGCGCAUCGACAACGUCAACGCCCAGAACGUGCGCGACGUCGCGAUGAAGUACAUCUUCGACCGCUGCCCGGCCAUCGCCGCCGUCGGCCCCAUUGAGAACCUGCCCGACUACAUGCGCAUCCGCAGCUCGAUGUACUGGGUCCGAGUGUAAAUUUCUGCCUUCUUUGGAAGAGAGAAAAAAAAUCGUAAAAUAGGAAAAAGCAGCGUGAGAAGCAGAACGAAACAAAAACGACGAGCAGAGCAAAAAAAGAGCGGCAGAUCAUUCAUUCAAAAAUAGUUGAAAAUUUUGCUGGAAAAUAUUAACUCUAAAUAAAUACAACCAAAACACACACACAAACAAA